UGCACUAAAUGUUUUUACCCCCAGAUCGAAGGGAUCAGUGUAAAAAAUUUGGCGACGCAAUCACACACAAAAAAAAACUAAUCAUUGAUUCUUUUGUAAAUCCCAGAUACGAAUUUUGGAAAACGAUACAGUAUUCAUUCUAAAGGUCUCUGUUAUUGAUUUUAGGAUUUUACAAUCGGAUUCGAAUCAAAAUCGAUUCUUGUGCUGGUUUGUAAUUUUGUUGGGGGUGGAUCUGAGAAAGUGUCGAUAUGAGAGUUCGAUCUAGAAGAGGGUUUAAGAGACAAUGACUGUAAUGUCUUUUGGAUUUCAGAGUGAUGGCUCAUUGCACUUACUCAAACCUUGACCUUUUGAGCCUUUGUCUUGUUGUUUCUUCGCAAUGCUCACUUCGAAUUCUAAAGAGAAGGAAAGGUCUCUCUCCUUCUUAUGUUGCUGGUACUUAGGUCGUCGACGAGUUGCAAUGCUGCUCCUUCUCAGCCUUGCUUUUGUUGUCUUUGUCUUGGGUUCCUACACUAUCAACAAAGAGAGCAAUAGUCCAAAUAUUCAUCAGAGUAUUGGGACGAUGGAUUUUGGAAGCAACCAAACUCCAGUAAGUAGAGAAUUGACUUCUUUCUAUACAAAGACCUCUAAUGAUGAUGAUCAUAUUAGAGAUUCUUUUCUGUGGAACGGCAUUGGAGGAAGUGAUGUAGACGCCAACCAUCCUCCUCCGUCACUACCUUCAUCACAUCACCAUCCGUGCGAUAGUUUUUCAUUUCCUCCUCCCCCUCCACCUGGAAUGAGAAGGCCUGGGCCACGGCCGUGUCCCGUAUGCUAUUUACCUCCAGAAGAGGCCUUAGCGCAUAUGCCAAAGCUUCCAUUUGAAUCUCCUGUGCUCAAGAAUUUGACGUAUAUUCAUGACGAGAAUCCUGUAAAACGUGAAGAAAGUCAAGGAGGCUCUGAUUUUGGAGGUUAUCCUUCUCUUGAGCAUAGGACUAACUCCUUUGACAUAAAAGAGUCCAUGACAGUGCAUUGCGGAUUUGUUAAAGGAACAAAACCGGGUCAUCAAACUGGUUUUGACAUCGAGGAGGAUAUCCUUCAUGAGUUGGACCAGUUCCAUGACGUGAUUGUUGCGUCAGCUAUAUUUGGGAAGUAUGACAUAAUACAAGAACCAGUGAACAUCAGUGAAAUAGCGAGGAAGAACAUCCCAUUCUACAUGUUUGUUGAUGAAGAAACACAUUUAUACCUUAAGAACACGUCGAGUUAUACAGACGAUAACAAGAGAGUGGGAUUGUGGAGGAUCAUUGUUGUACAUAAUGUCCCUUAUACUGAUGCACGGCGUAAUGGAAAGAUUCCGAAGCUUUUGUUGCAUAGAUUAGUCCCAAAUGUCCGGUACUCUAUAUGGGUUGAUGCGAAGCUCCAGCUUGUUGUUGAUCCAUAUCAAAUCCUUGAAAGGUUUCUGUGGAGAACGAAUUCUAGUAUAGCAAUCUCGAGACAUUAUCGACGUUUUGAUGUGUUUGUAGAGGCUGAGGCUAAUAAAGCUGCAAGAAAAUACGACAAUGCCUCAAUUGAUUACCAGAUAGAGUUCUACAAGAAGGAAGGUUUAACACCUUAUACCGAGGCCAAGCUUCCAAUAACAAGUGAUGUUCCUGAAGGAUGUACAAUCAUAAGAGAACACAUACCGAUCACAAACCUUUUCACUUGUGUUUGGUUCAACGAAGUAGAUCGUUUUACAUCCAGAGAUCAACUAAGCUUUGCAAUUGCAAGAAACAAGAUAAAAGAAAAAGUUGAUUGGAGCAUCAAUAUGUUCUUGGACUGUGAAAGACGCAACUUUGUGAAGCAGGUUUAUCAUAGAGACGUUUUGAUGAACAUGAAACCUCCUCCUCGACCUUCUUCGAGGAUACUUCCCGAGCCACCAGCUUUGCCACGCGGAAGAGUAGUUGGCAGUAAAGCCACAACGGGGAAGAAGACUCCGGGACAACGUGGAAGAAGGCGUCACCGGAAAGUUUCAGCCGGUGGAAGAAAUAUGAGAUAGAAAGAGAGAGAGAGAGAAUACAUACACAUAAUUUUUUCUUCUUCUUGCAAGAUUUAUUUUGGAUGCAAUAUU